CUUUCCUGGAUUGUACGCCGUACAUGUAGUACGUGAAGCUGCCGUAUAACCAAACUUUAAAGUGAAAUCUUUUUCACUUAUCCCCGUGAAACACGUGUUUUGAAACGAAACGAACGUAAACAAGUUAGUGCAAAAUGCCGCUCGCCAAGGACUUUCUGCACCCGUUGCCGGCCGAGGAGAAGAGGAAGCACAAGCUGAAGCGCCUGGUGCCACAUCCGAACUCGUACUUCAUGGACGUGAAGUGCCCCGGAUGCUACAAGAUCACCACCGUCUUCAGCCAUGCCCAGAGCGUCGUUGUCUGUGCCGGUUGUUCGACGAUCCUGUGCCAGCCGACCGGUGGCAAGGCGCGCCUGACCGAGGGCUGCUCGUUCCGCAGGAAGCCGUACUAGAGCGCGAUUGAAAAAGGGAUGCCACAACAUGCGACCCCGCCGACCCGGAACGGGUGCUGCGGGCGUUCACCAUCAACGUAGGGAAAGAUGAUGGGGCACUCCGCCUCAGAGCAGCAGCAGCUAGCAUUCGUUCGGUCGCAUCGCGUUUGUCCCGGCCGCUCCCGACAUUCGGAAGAUGUAUUCAAUCGUAUAUCGAGAAAAUAAAGGAAGAGUAUCGAUCGUUUGUACGUGCUAAAA